AUGCCGGUGAGACGGGGCCAUGUGGCGCCGCAGAACACCUUCCUGGACACAAUUAUCCGCAAGUUCGACGGACAAAAUCGAAAGUUUAUCAUCGCCAACGCGCAGGUGGAGAACUGUGCCAUUAUUUUCUGUAAUGACGCCUUCUGUGGGAUGUGUGGUUAUACCCGGGCUGAGGUGAUGCAGAAACCCUGCACCUGUAGCUUCCUGUACGGACCUCACACCCGGAGACCAGCGGUGGCCCAGAUGGCGAAAGCUCUGCUGGGAGUGGAGGAGAGAAAGGUGGAGAUUUCCCUCUACACUAAAGACGGAGUGUGUUUCAACUGUGAGAUAGACGUGGUUCCAGUGAAGAAUGAGGACGGCCUGGUCAUCAUGUUUAUCCUCAACUUUGAGCUUCCCACUGACCCCAGACCAGCCGACAGCUCUCCAGACAGAGAGCUCAGCAGAGUGCUGCGUAUCCCCUGGAUCAACAUGGCUUGGCCACAGCGUCUGCGCCUCCUCCUCCGCUCCCUCUGCCCCAGUUCAGGUCUGUCGUCACAGGACACAGAGCUGGGUUCUCCUCGUGCCGACCUCCUUCCCUUCGGACGGGAGUCCGUGGCCCUGGACAAACUGCUCAGCUUUGAUGGCAGCUGUGUGAGUUUGAAACACUCCUCCUCGGUGGAUGAUAUCAAGAGCGGGCAGAGUUACUGGGACAAGAGGCUGCAGUUGAGACACAGCUGCACUGCAGGUAUAGUAACCAUUAGAAAGACCAGCGGGCCGGCUGGGAUGUCAGACACUGAUUUGCGUUGCCGAUCCAACAGCCAGACUGACGCCUUCAUGGCGUUACCUCCUGGUGAAAUCAGACCUCCUUGUAAACUGAUCGACAGAACGCACCACGUCACUGAGAAGGUCACGCAGGUUCUGUCUCUGGGUGCCGAUGUGUUGCCGGAGUAUAAGCUGCAGACUCCCAGGAUCCAGAAGUGGACCAUCCUCCACUACAGUCCGUUCAAGGCUGUGUGGGACUGGGUCAUUCUCCUCUUAGUCAUUUAUACAGCGAUUUUCACCCCGUACUCUGCCACAUUUCUACUGAGCGACCAGCAGGAGGCAGCCAUGCAGACCUGCGGUUACUCCUGCUCUCCCCUCAACGUGGUGGAUCUUAUAGUGGACAUCAUGUUCAUUGUUGACAUCAUCAUCAACUUCAGGACCACAUACGUUAACUCCAACGACGAGGUGGUGAGCCAGUCUUCACGGAUCGCAGUCCACUACUUCAAAGGCUGGUUCCUCAUCGACAUGGUGGCGGCCAUUCCCUUCGACCUCCUCAUCUACCGCUCAGGAGAGGAGGUGGUUAGGGGAGGAGGAGAGGGAGAGACCACCACGCUGAUUGGUUUACUGAAGACAGCUCGGUUACUGCGAUUGGUUCGUGUAGCCAGGAAGUUGGACCGUUACUCGGAGUAUGGCGCUGCCGUCCUCUUCCUCCUCAUGUGCUCCUUCGCCCUCAUCGCCCACUGGCUGGCCUGCAUCUGGUACGCCAUAGGUAAUGUGGACCGGUCAGCCUCGGCGGGGAUCGGCUGGUUGGACACUCUGGGCGAUCAGCUGGGGAAGCCGUACAACGACUCCAUCACGGAGUCUGGUCCCUCCAUCAGAGAUAAAUAUGUCACAGCUCUGUACUUCACCUUCAGCAGUCUGACCAGCGUCGGCUUCGGAAAUGUCUCGCCGAACACCAACUCUGAGAAGAUCUUCUCCAUCUGUGUCAUGCUCAUCGGCGCUUUGAUGUACGCCAGUAUUUUCGGUAACGUGUCGGCCAUCAUCCAGCGGCUUUACUCUGGUACAGCGCGCUACCACGCCCAGAUGAUGAAAGUCCGAGAGUUCAUCCGCUUCCACCAGAUCCCCAACCCUCUGAAGCAGCGGCUGGAGGAAUACUUCCAACACGCGUGGUCAUACACGAAUGGGAUAGACAUGAACGCUGUUUUAAAAGGUUUCCCAGAGUGUCUCCAGGCAGAUAUCUGUCUCCACCUCAACAGGUCGCUGCUGCAGAACUGUAAGGCUUUCAAAGGAUCCACUAAGGGCUGUCUGAGAGCCCUAGCCAUGAAGUUUAAGACCACCCACGCUCCUCCUGGCGACACCCUCGUCCAUGCCGGAGACCUGAUAUCGGACCUGUACUUCAUCUCCAGAGGAUCCAUAGAGAUCCUCAGAGGAGACAUGGUGGUAGCCAUACUGGGUAAGAACGAUAUCUUCGGGGAACCGAUCAAUCUGUACGUGCUGCCAGGAAAAUCCAGGGCUGAUGUCAGAGCUCUGACCUACUGUGACCUGCACAAGAUAAACAGAGAGGAUAUGCUGGAGGUUCUGGACAUGUAUCCUGAAUUCUAUGAAUCUUUCUGGUCCAACUUGGAGAUCACCUUCAGUCUCAGAGAUGAGAAUAAUGAAGCUGAGGAUCUUCUGAGUGGAGACGGCUCUGAUUGUGACGGGUUGAGCCGACCUCAGACGAAACACAAACUCUCUUCCACUCACACAGGUGACACCAUCUCCACAAAGAGACAGAACGCUGCCCGCAGACGCAGAAGAAGACACAGUAACUGGGAGCAACGUGACCGAGGCCACAGCAAAGACGAUCAUAAACAUACACUUGAGGAAGAAGAGGAGGAUUCAGAGGUGACCAGCUCUGCUCAGACGUCCGUACUUCAUGCUGCUGCCACAAACACCACCAGCAGAGAGAGGAGCUGGAACCCUGUAACAGGCAGGUGUAACGAUGCAUUCAAGGCACAGAAGAUAAAUGAGAUGGCGCCACCUGGUGUCUGCGUCUCACAAUGUACCUGUGUAUGUAUGUGUGUGUGUCCAGGAGCGUCCAACAUCUUUACACUCUGGGGCUCAGAGAGUCGAGAGGGACACAUGUACCAGGAGGUGCCCUGCCCCCACAGCCUCCCCUCACCACCUCCUCAGCCUCCAUCUCUCCAGCUCCCUCACCUGCCCUCCUCCAGCCCUCCUCCUCCUCCUCCUACCACCACCAUCAUCUCUCGGAGGCAGGAGGUGGAGUUAGAGAACAGGCUGGAGGCACUGCAGCAACAGAUCAUCAGGUUGGAGUGUUGUAUGUCAGCACACAUCGGGACCAUCAUGCAGCUGCUGCAGAGGCAGAUGCCAGUAAUCCCGCCUUCCUACAGCACCCUGACAUCAACACCUAACACACCCUCCUCCCCCGCUCUCUCACCCGCUAUUGCCUCCCCAUCUGGCACCACCCCCACCCCAACGACUGUUUUCCCCACAGACACAGACAAGUUACCGACCACCGACCCGCAGCAACGGCAGCCAAGUGAAAACCAAGAUCAAGUCCCUCAACAACCUCCAGAAUCUAAUUCCCUCAGUUAUAAUUCCUCAGUCCUCCAUCUCACUGCCUCACCCCCCCUCAUCCAUGCAUCACCCCUUCACACGUCUUCAUAUUAG